CGGGAGGAGGAGGAGUUCAAUACGGGGCCGCUCUCCGUCCUCACCCAGUCCGUCAAGAACAACACCCAGGUCCUCAUCAACUGCCGCAACAACAAGAAGCUCCUGGGGCGUGUCAAGGCCUUCGACAGGCACUGCAACAUGGUGCUGGAAAACGUGAAGGAGAUGUGGACAGAGGUGCCCAAG